UAUGACCGGCGAGUUUACACAAAGAUAAACGAACGGUAAACUUCUCUUUGGGAGCAGAGAUUGGGUUAAGAGGUUGGUAACGUUGAAAUAUAUGGAGAAAGAACUAUAUUCAGCCUACUCAGAACCAUGAGUAAUGCCUAUGGAGAUUUUUAAAAAUUCAGACAUCAAUAGAGUAGAGGAAGAUCAUCCAACAUGUAAAUGAAAUGCUCAACCAAAUGACAAGGAGCUGCCAUAUUUGUUUGUUCUAAUUAAGGGGAUUUACCUCCUUUAGCAUCAACAUGAUCAAAAUCUUUCAACUUGAAAAAACAUUUUUCUUCAGUCGGAUAAAGAAGUUCCAACAAUUAUGGACCAAUGGAACAGUUGGAAUCUAUCCUAUGUCUUCUCCUCAGAGAUAUCUUCAUUUAUGUCCACAAUGUUCCUCGAGAUUUGGGUACACAAAUUUGAAAGUCAACAAAGUGACUCCAACGUUCUUGGUGGCUGAGAAAUAUGUAGGAAGAACUGCUAUUAUAGAUCAGCAUGGAAAAUCAAAUUACGAAGAUAUUUUACAUCAUAGUGCCAAGUUAGCAGAAAAAAUUAGAAAAACGUGUGGCUUGUCUGAUAAAGAAUAUUUUCGAAACAAUGACCGUGUGGUUUUCUUAUGUGAAAAUGAUGUUUCAUAUGUAAUUGCUCAAUGGGCAACAUGGAUUUUGGGAGGUGUGGCUGUACCGUUAUGUAAGACUCACCCAGCUUUAGAACUAGAAUAUUUUGUCGAAGAUGCCCAAGCAUCUAUUGUCAUAGCAACAGAAGAAUAUGAAAAAGUACUGAAACCAAUUGCAUAUAAAUUUCAGGUACCCUUGUUAACUCUAAGAAAAAAUAGUUACAUUGGCACAUGUGCUUUGGAGGAUAAUAGAUGGAUUGGAUGGGAGACAACUCCUGCUUUAAUUGAGGGUAGACCAGCCCGUUCAAAAGGUUUUUAUGAUGAUUUUGUUAUGACUAACAAAUAUAAAAACAUACCAGCAAUGAUUAUUUAUACAAGUGGUACAACUGGUAGACCGAAGGGAGUGGUAUUAACACAUGGUAAUCUAUCUGCUCAAAUAACUGGUAUGAUCAAGGCUUGGGGCUGGACUAAUCAAGAUGUGAUACUUCAUGUUUUGCCUUUACAUCAUGUACAUGGUAUUGUAAAUGUUUUAAUGACUGCGUUACACUGCGGAGCUGUAUGUGUGAUGAUGCCAAAAUUUGAUGCUGGAAAAGUAUGGUCAGGGCUCGUAGAUCCAAUACCAAAUAUGGGAGGUCUUCGAAUCAAUGUUUUUAUGGCUGUUCCAACCAUUUAUGUUAAAUUGAUGGAGCAUUAUUAUGAGACAGUGAGUAGAGGAGGCUAUGCUGAGAAUUAUAUAAAGGCUGUAUGUGAAAAUAAGAUAAGAUUAAUGGUUAGUGGUUCGGCUGCCUUACCAGAACCAGUAAUGAAACAAUGGGCAAAAAUAACCGGUCACCAAUUACUAGAACGCUAUGGGAUGACUGAAAUAGGAAUGGCUCUUAGUAACCCGUUACAUGGGAAAAGAUGUCCAGGUUAUGUAGGACAUCCAAUGCCUAGAGUUGAAGUUUGUAUAUCAAGGCCCAACAGUUAUGCUCUACAUGGAUAUGAUGUUAUUGCACAGGGGGAUUCAAAAAUAACAAACAUUGUAUCAGGUAAAGAAGGAGAAUCUGGAGAAUUAUUGGUAAAAGGUCCAUCUGUAUUCAGUAAUUACUGGAGAAAGCCAGACGCCACAAAACAGGCUUUUACUAAUGAUGGUUGGUUUAGAACAGGUGAUACUUGUGUGUAUGAAGACAACGUUUAUAAAAUAGUUGGUCGUACUUCUGUGGAUAUUAUUAAAAGUGGUGGAUUUAAAAUCGGAGCUUUAGACAUAGAACGUCAUUUAUUAACCCAUCAUAACAUCCGUGAAUGUGCUGUUGUUGGACUACCAGAUAUGACUUGGGGUCAAAAAGUUGGUGCUGUUUUAGUUUUAAAAGACGGCACGUCACUCAGUCAAGUGGAAUUAAAACAAUGGGCCUGUAACAAGAUGACCCCUUAUCAAAUACCAACCGUGAUCAGGUGUUUAGACUUUAUACCUAGAAACGCCAUGGGAAAAGUGAAUAAAAAACAAUUAAUCGAAGACGUUUUUCCAGAGUACUCUAAGCAAACAUUUGCUGUGCGUUAAAAAAACAGUGUGAUAAAUUAAUUGAUAUAAUAAACUAUAGAGUAUUUUAAUGAAUGAUUCCAAUUUAUUCAUAUGUCUCUUCCCUCCCAUCUAUCUGUGAUGUCUUUAGGUUUCAGAAAGUAUAUUUUAAAAUAAUUAGCCAGCUUGAAAAAAACAUAAUCAGUAUUUUUAAAUAUCAUCCAAGCGUAAUUCAUUGUGAAAUUUCUGUGAAUCUGACUGGUUCAGGAGUUUAGGUUCAUUGCUCGCAGGCUGGAUUAUCUAAGGAUAGGCUGACUACCGAUGAGGCAGCUGAACCCUGUCUGGUUCUCUCGUAGAUUGUAUUUUAUUUAAUUGGACCUUCCAAUCAUGGUACCUUUCUAGCCCUGUUAAGGGGUUAUUUUUGUUAUAUAGAAACUGUUAAAAGGCAUUUAGAAAUAUAAAGAUUGUGUCCAACUAGAACUGGGUCAAGGACAGAUAAUCUUUUGUAGUUCCCUGUGCUGGGCGAUGUGGUAAAAAAAUGCCUAGUUGUUUGGAUGGAUGAAACAAGAUAUAGUGGAUAGCAUUUGAAGCACAUUAAAGAUCCCCCGAUUGUUGGAAAUCAAAAUAAAAGUAGGCCGCUCUAGGGGCAAGAUUUGCUCCUAGCCUAGUUGAUCAGAAAAGUAGGACGUUAAAGCUCAUUUCGUUUCACAAAUCGGAGAUUAAAUGCCAGAACUCAUUGUAAAAAAUUGAAGGCAAAUUUCUUUUUUGUCUUAUUAUCAAAAAAUUAAAUGAUAUUUUCAGGUUUUCAGUAUUGAACAUAAAGGACCAUAUAACUAACAAUGUAAUUUAUAUCACCAACCAUAAUAUAUAAAUUAUAGCUUUCAAAAUAUUACCCAGUUGUAUAGUUUCAAAAAUGGAUGAUUCAGUGUUAUGAAUGUUUUCUGAGAAUUGACUGGUGUUUGAGUAUACUGUAAUUUGUUUUGUUUAAUUACUUAUAUAAUACCAAAAUACUUAUAUAUUUUAUAUAUUGUACAUAAUGACAGAAAUGAUUUUGAUAAAACCUAGAGAUAAAAUAAUCAAAUUGAAUAAUAUUA